GUCUCCCCUCCUGUAUAUAAACCAUCGAGAUAAAGAAGGUAAAAGCCAUCAUAUUUUCUUUGCGGAGCAGUGAACACACAAGAGUCGACAGAUCAAACAUUAUUUUGGGUUCACGAGUGACUCUGCUGUAAGCCAAAAGGGUCGCCAUAGACAACAAGAUGAAUCACCGUGCGGUACUUCUCACAUGUUUCCUCUGCCUGGCUUUGACUCAGAACGAGGUGGAUUCCCAAAAGUUCGGGGAUGUCCAAGCUGUUUAUGAAUGGACAACACUGGACUUGGACUGGCCAUCAGAGGCGGUGAAGGAGGAGUUCAUAAAUAACGGCUCUUUUGCUGUAGACAAAAAUGUCGUAUCUGGAAUAAAGGUGUACAAAAACGAAGUGUAUCUCAGCAUACCAAGGUGGCUAUCAACAACUGGGAUUCCUGUGUCCUUAGUUAAGGUCGUAAAAGUUGGGAGCGAGGUCAAACUAAGGCCAUACCCAGACUGGGCCUCACAGACUGUCGGAGACUGCCAGGCCUUACAGUACGUACAGAGUAUGGAAAUAGACCCCAAUACCGGCCGAAUGUACGUCAUCGAUGUUGGAAGAAAUGGCCUGUUUGCACAAUCCGGGGCUCAGAACCUUUGUCCAGCCAAAAUUGUCGUCUUCGACCUUCAUACUGACCAGCGUGUGGCUAGUUACGAUUUUCCAGACGAUGUUGUUAAAAGAGAUGACAAUUUCUUGAACGAUAUCGUGCUAGAUUACGUGGACGGCCAAGUGAAAUAUGCAUAUAUAACUGACGUCAACGCACACAGUAUUCACGUUUUUGACUUCGGAACAAAGCGAGCUUGGAGUCUGAAUGACGAAGCAUCCAUGAAAGCAGAACCGGAUGGGGGCAUCAUUGUGAUUAACGGGAAGAACUACACUUUUUCUCUGGGUGUAAAUGGUAUUGCUAUGUCCCCUAACUUUGAUUACCUGUAUUACUCCUCCAUAGGAGCUUACAGUCUUUACCAGGUACCAACAUCAACACUGAGAAAUGGAGGGUCAGACGGAAUCCGACUUGUGGGGAAGAAAGGUUCCCAAUCGGAUGGCAUGGCGUUCAGCUGCAAACGUCUUUACUACGGCGCUCUGAGCAAAAACGCCGUGUGUUACUGGGACAUUGAGAAAGACAUGAGGGAUCAAAACAAGGACAUUAGUCACGUGACCCUAAACACACAGACACAGUUGGUGAAAGAUGACCAGAAAAUGCAAUGGCAAGACACUUUUGCUAUCGACGAGGAAGGAUAUCUGUGGUUCACUGCUGACCGUUUGCAGUUGCUCUUUACCAACACCAUGAACUUUACGGGGUCAGAGAUCAACAUGAGAAUCUAUAAAGUUUUCAUUAACGAAACUAGCUAUCUUCACGGGGCUCCAGGAAGAACUAAUAAUAAUACUGCUGGGCAGAGAUUUGGUGGCACUCUAAGUAUUAUAAACCUUUUCUGGUCUUUAUUUUUGACUGUUUUUCUUUCUUUGAAACGUACAGAGUGACGACAGGGCGUGGAAGUAACACACUUUUAGAAGUCUGUAUAAAGUCAUCAUCAUUAAUUGCCUGUUCUGGGACAGACAUGAGCGUUCAUGAUUCUCCUUUCAUUCGUUUUGUUCAAUGCUCUAAAAAACUAAAUUAUUCUGAUCUUUCCACGUCACCCAUCUGUUUAGGCUCUUCAAGGAGGUUGCUCUGGGUUCACCUCUGCCUCGUUUACCCUCAAUUUUGGUAAUGAGAGCACCCAGACUAGGACCCCUUUGCUCCCUUUUAUUUCAUCUUACCGUCUCCUUCCCUUGUGUUUUAAAAAAAGUAAUGUAUGUUCGUUUAUAGUUUAAAGAAAAAAGAACGCACUUGCAACUAUCAUACCUCAAAUUGAAGGGGAGCAUUUGAAGAUCAGAUUUUUAUUUCUCAACAUAGUCUCCAUUUUGUUCAAUAGCCACCGUCCAUCUUUUACUAAGCCCACAUAUGCCAGCUUCGUAAAACUGAGCAGGUUGGUUGUAGGGGUGCAGCAGUCUUGAUUUCUCCGUGGUUUCCAUACUGUUGACCUCUCAAUGGUUCUUUUCUAGGACCGAAAAGGUGGGAGUCUAUAGGAGCCAAAAUCAGGAGAAUAAGUUGAGUGUGGCAGUGUUUUCCACAUAAACGGGGUGAUUGUCUCUCUUGUUCUGGUACUCGAAUGCAUGCGGCAUUGUCAUGGUGAAAAAGACACCCUUUCCAAGUUCAAAUUUGGUGUGACUCGUCGAAGUCUUGCUUUCAGUCGUUUCAAUGUUUCAAAGUAGGGUUCAGAAUUGACAGUUGCUGCUCGUGGUAAAAAAAAAAUCUGUGAGAAGCACACUAUGAACGUCACAAAAGACAUUUGCCUUUAUUUUUCCUGCUGACUCCUCGGGACGAUGCUUGUCUGACAAGCAUAUGGGCACUUCUUCCUCUUUUUCUGAUUCUUUGCUCAAACGUCUGACCCACCUAUAUACAGUGCCAAAAUCUAGAGUUUGGCCCUUGUAAACAUUUUGAAGUCUCUUUUGGAUGUUAUCGGUGGAUUCUCCUUCUAAAACAAAUUAAAUCACAGCUCUUUACCUCAGACAUACUCCCAAGAGGGUAACCAUUUUGAUGUGAUGUCAUUCGGGCCAAAAUUAAAGAAACUUAAAUUUUAUCCUUUUGAGUUCAAAAGUAUAUGAGCACGUACUUGUGAGUUGAAUUUAAUUAACUUUGAUGCAAAAUUGUGCAAAAUAACGAACAAAUUGCAUUAUUCUUUUACUCUCCCUCGUAUCUUAGCUGUAAACCAUGAUUGCUUUGUGGGAGUUGCUACUGUUAUUAUAUUUUUUGGUUAUCUAAUUAUUUUGAUAAUACAUUUUUUUUCAAUACAUC